AUGGCAACAUUCACAAUGGAAAAGGGUCAGCUAGCUCUAAGACUCUAUAGAAGAAUCAUGAAACUCCAUAUUCGUGAUCUCUAUGUGAAAUAAGAAUUCAGACUUCAUUUAGAUAAAGCUACAGACGAUCAAAUGGACAAGUUCCUUGUAGGUUGGAAUGCCUAUGCCGAUCAAAUAAAGUAGGUUAAUCGCAAUAAGCCUUAAGAGUUAAAGAAGUAGUUGCAUAACUAGGAAUUUGAUGAAAUGUUCAAAGAUAAGUUUACCGAGGAAUAGACUUCUACUCUCAAGGAAUUCAAAGACCUAAUUUAUGAAAGUGAGAAAAAGAAAAAGGAUAGAAGCAGUGCUGCUCAAGUGUGA